AUGACCGACCAGCCGCAGCAACAAGAUGUUGCGGAUGAUGAUCAUGUUACCAAGACUGAUAUGAACAAUAAUAGUGCCGCGACUAUUCAAGAAGAAGAAGAACAACAACAAUACCCUUCAACCAUCACAACAUCUUCAUCAUCCUCUUCAUCGCCUUGCAACGAUCAGCAACAACAACAACAACUUCAACAAAAUGAUUCCUCUCAAAAGUACCAUCCGAUUGCAUGCGAGGCAUGCAGAAAGAAACAUAAGAAAUGUGAUAGGACUCUUCCGUGUUGCAUUGAAUGCACUCGAAGAGGACUGAAUUGCGUUUACUAUGAACCUAAAAAGGAAUAUCUUCAGAAGAUGAUGCAAGAGGGGAUUGUUGUGAGACCCCAAAAACCAUUAACCAAAAAGCCAAAAGAUUUUCAAGUAGUUUCAUUUCGUGUCGAGUCGCCAAGAGCUCAACAAAACACUUUCACACAUUAUGCAUAUAAUCCUGACAUUAGUGGUUUGUCUCGAUAUGAUGCAAGUGGAGGACAAUCAACAAAUUUUCCAUCAAACUUUAUCCAACAUUCUCAAGAGAAAGUGAAAACAAAAAAGAAGAAAAAAUUGAUGAAAACGCAGAGCAUGACAAAUCCAACUUCAAUUAUUCCUCCUCAGCAAUCAUAUCCAACACAACCUGGUAUAUUAUCAACACUUAUUUCGCAGACUAGUACAAAUCCUAGUGCCACAACAACUACUACUGCCUAUCCCAGUACUGUCUAUAACCAAACUGUACCUACAACAGUGUCACAAACGCGUUAUACUGAGCCACAGCUUCUCAGUACCUAUGAAACAACAAACAACCAAAAUUAUUUAUCGCAACAAGAUACUCUUCCAACCAGCACCAUAGCCAGCAAGUACAAUGCAAUAUCCGAUAAUUAUCAUCAACCCACAUUUUCAAACAACAGCGCCAAGAGUCAUGAUUUAUCAAUCACACAGCAGUUGUCAACAUCCCCUUCUCAUUCUCAUUCCACUUCUUCAUUACAUAAUUAUAGAUAUCAGCCAUAUAACCCACCUAGUUCCGUUGCUCUUCAAUCUUCCUCAGUUACUGCUGCCACUACGUCUCUGAGUCCAUCACAAAAGCCAUUAUCUGAUCCAACAUCUUCUGUAAAUGCAUUAAGCGUAAAAUCACCACGUGUACAAAACAGUCCCAGGUCAAAUUUAACUCAUUCAUCACAUAGCGACAGCAGCAGUAAUAAGGAAGGAAGUGAUGCAAGCAGUAGUAUGCAUUCAUUGUUUUUACAAGACCUUCUCAACACUUCAUACAUGAAAAUUAACACUUUUGAAUACUACCAUAGAUAUGUUGUUUAUGGCUUUCGGCUAUUUUCUCAGGAGCUGAUUGAGCAAACAAUUUUUGGAGAAGAUUUAAAAGUGACAAUGAGUGACAUUUUCCGAAAUCCAAAUUGCUUUUUCCAACAUCCCGAGUUUUCGAAACAUACCAACGAAAGUAUUCAACACUUGAAAAAGUCAGAAAUUCUCUCCUUACUCUAUACUGUACAUGCGGUUGUUUGCUCAUUCAAUGGCUAUCAACAACAGGCUGAAACAUCAAUUCGUCGAUCAUUUGAAAUCAGCUAUAGAGGAAGUGUUUUCAGGGAUAUUUUGCAAUUAUUCUAUGACCCUAGCUUUCCUGAAGAGUUGGUGGGCUCGAUAGUACUAAGACACGGUCCUCAAAACGAUUUUUUAAUUCAAACAGAUAGAGCUUUUUAUUCAUUCCGACUUGGUAGAUUUCUCCUUUCAGCACUGUAUGCAUUGAGUAAUGCGAAUCUAGGCCUUGCUAAAUACUUUUUACUCAAAUCAGACGAAAUGCUUGAUAAUGACUCUCCAAAUUUCAAAUCUAGACGUUACAUUAAUUAUUCAGUAUCAAUGGAAUCGAAGGAAGGAAGUGAUUACUCUAUUUUUGCAGUUCCCGAUCUUCAAGUGAUUUCGUUUUGUAAAUUUAGAAUUACUACUGGAAUGUCCUAUGACAAUGUCAGAAAUUACUUACAACGUGGUGACAUUUUUUAUGGUUAUGAAAACAGCAUUCCAAAACCACUGGUCGUUACCAAGACGUCAUCGGUCUUGAGGGAUGCUCCUGAAUUUCAAUUUGACCACAACGUUCUAAGAAUGAUGGCAGGCAAUCAUGUUAUUAACAUGGGAAAGCUUCCAAUGGAGAUUUUACUUAUUACCACGUUGAGAAAUAUCACAGUAGAUAACAUUGAGCUAUUUUUGAUGCUUAAUAUAUUGGUGCUUAAAGAAGGAGCUCAUUAUAUGUUUGAUAUGAAGAUAGAUCCAAUCACUAUCUCUUACGCACAAUCCCUAAGAAAAUUUACUAUUUAUUCAGUGUUAAUCGACUUGUUGUCAGUCAUACUUGAAAAUUUACCCUAUGAUGAAGAACCAUCCGUUGGUAAUCCAACUGUGGCCAGACUUGAGAACAUUUUCAAGAAUUUUGAUGAGGCUGUCGCUGGAGGGCUUAGUGAAAACUUGAAAAAGUGGAAUUUUUCCAAUUUGACCGAGUAUGAAUUGGAAAAAUUGAGAGAAGGAUCCACUCCAAAUGAACCUUCUAUUUUUUCUCUGCUGUCUAGUCGAGAUUCCACAGCGACAACUCCUUCCAGUGAACCAACCUCUGUACGGGCAACAGUUGAAAAAUUAUUGACUUUAUACUGUGACAGAUUUGCUGACAAUUUGAGAGAAUUCUCUAAGGAAACAAUUAUAUUUAACAACGGAGAUAUGUUAGUACUUCGUACAGCUUGUUUGGUACAUUUGAGACAAGCUGAAACAAUUUUGCAACGAGUGCCGCUUCCUUUAGCAGAUCGAAUGGAGCUUGCCAAUCGAUUACAUCCAAUUCUCACAACAGAAUUCAAUAUCAUCACUUAUUUACAGCAGAAAUUUCCAAAAAUUUACUUUAGAACGUUUUCUUUUUCCAAUCGGCUUGAGACCAUGUUAGAGAGAAUUCAAACAGCGAUUUCCAGUGGAGCGCAAUUGUGA